GGCUGACCUGGAGCCCGCAGUUUGUGACCUCAUCCGAGAGUACCACGACGUUUUCCCAUCGUCGUUCUCAUAUGCCGGCAUCCCACCGAUGCGUGACGUCGAGCACUCCAUUCAGCUUUUGCCUGACUAUCGUGUUCACCACCAGGUACCCUACAGACUCUCGAUCCUUGAGGCCACCGAACUCAAGCGUCAGCUUGAGGAGCUCCUGAGACUGGGUUUCAUUAAACCCAGCAACUCCCCGUGGGGUGCACCCGUCCUCUUUGCUCGCAAAGCGGAUGGAACUCUUCGUCUCUGCAUCGACUACCUUGGUCUCAACCGCUACACGGCUAAGAACAACUACCCCAUGCCUCGUUCCGACAAGCUGUUCGACCGCCUAGCUGGCAACCGCUUCUUUACGAAGAUUGAUCUUCGUAGCGGUUACCAUCAGAUCCGCAUCGCUGCAACCGACCAGCCGAAGACAGCGUUCCGAUCGCGUUUCGGCCACUACGAGUUCACGGUGAUGCCAUUCGGCCUCACCAACGCACCCGCUACCUUUCAGAGGGCGAUGAACGACAUCUUCAGGGACAUCCUGGAGCAGUACGUUCUCGUUUACCUCGACGAUAUCCUGGUCUACAGUCAUACCCUUGAGGAGCACCUCAGACACCUCCGCGAUGUCCUUGACUGCUUGCGCAGACAUGGCUUUUAUGCCAAACUGAGCAAGUGCCGCUUUGCCCAGCACAAAGUGGAUUUCUUAGGACACUACGUGUCUGACCAGGGUCUCCACAUGGAUGACGCGAAGAUCACUGCUAUUGCGGAGUGGCCCGCCCCCACAUCCGCCAAGCAGCUUCGCAGCUUCCUAGGCCUCACCAGCUAUUAUAGUAACUUCAUCCGGGGAUACGCUAGGUAUUCCUACAUCCUUACCUCCACCCUCCUCCGGAAGAACCCACCCUGGGCUUGGACACCCCUCCACGAGGACGCCUUCCGCGCCCUCAAGAAGGCGGUGACAUGCGCACCGGUUCUUCACCUGCCCGAUUUUGAUCGCCCUUUUAUCCUUACCACCGAUGCGUCAGACUUUGCUGUAGGAGCAGUGCUUUCUCAGGUCUUCCCCUCCUCGCCUGAUUCCUCUCAUCCUCGUAUCCCUCGCUUCCUACCACCUACCCCUACCACUGCUUCCCGACUGACUCCUACUCGUCCAGCUACCGACGAGCCUUCUAUUGACUAUUCUCCUACCAUCGCCGAGGAAGGCACUGUCGAGUCUCGCUCAGGUGAUUGUCCGAUAGCCUUCUACUCCCGUCAGCUUCUGCCCGCCGAGAUAAACUACACUGUUGAUGAACGUGAGGUUCUCGCAGUAGUUUAUGCCGCUCGGCACUGGCGUCACUACCUGCACGGGGCACCGUUCACGGUGCGCACGGACAACUCUGUUGUCCAGACUUUCCUGACAAAACCGAAGCUCACUCCUCGACAGGCUCGCUGGUGGCGCGACCUAUCCGAGUUUAGUUUCACCACUGAGCACAUCAAGGGUGAGACUAAUCGGGUCGCAGAUGCCUUAUCCCGGCGCCCUGACCACGACCAGGAGCAGAUCCAGCUCUCUUCCAUCUCGGUCACCACCGUCCACCACUCGGUGAUUGACGAGUUUCGCACUCAGUACCGCCACUGCCCUGACUAUCGCGACAUCCAUGCGACCCUUCAGAGUGGCAAGACCGUCCCGAACUACUCUCUCGGGGACAAUGGUCUCCUACGUGUCCGAGCAGUAGCAGAGUUCCAUGACCAGGCAACCGCUGGUCAUAUGGGCUUCCACAAGACGUUGGCUCGUGUGAGCCGCCUGUACGUCUGGCCGAAGCGCAAGGACUUUGUGAAGGACUACGUCGCAGAGUGUCCCACCUAUCAGGAGGUGAACAGUGCGAACCACCUGCCUUAUGGUUUGCUCCAGCCUCUUCCUAUCCCUGAGGGUCGUUGGCCGUCCAUCUCGAUGGACUUUAUCGGUCCCCUUCGUCCUCCGACCCCUCGCGGUCAUGAUGCUAUCCUGGUCGUCGUCGACUGCUUCACGAAGCGUGCACGCUUUGUUCCGUGGCGCUAUGCCAUCAGUGCACGUGAGGUCGCCGACAUCGUGUUUGACCGAGUCGUGCGUGACCACGGCUUUCCUUUGAGCAUCAUAUCUGACCGUGACCCGCGCUUUACCAGCCGAUUCUGGCGACGGCUCCACGAGACCGAGAUCACGAACAGGACUCUCGGAGAUAUCCUCCGAAAGAUUGUUCGUGACGACCAGCAGUGGGAUCUCCAUCUUGCCCACGCGGAAAUAGCCUACAACCUCGCCGUCUCGCCAGCUACGGGGAUGUCGCCUUACUAUUGCGACCUCGGCUGUCACCCUCGUGUUCCCGCGGAUUUCCUUCGACCGUCACAGAUGCACCCCGACACGAGUUGUCCCACACUGGAUGAUUGGGUUGCACACAUGACAUUGAUCAUGAAGACCGCACAUGAGCACAUAGCCGCUUCCCAGACUCGCAUGGCAGCACGUGCGAACCGAUCGAGGAUGGACCAUCCAUUCAAAGUCGGUGAUGACGUGCUUAUCGACGCCCGCCACCUACAGCUCGAAGCGGACACGCUUCGCAAGUUUCGGCGUCGCUUCUUUGGCCCAUGCCGCAUCCUCCAGGCCGUCGGUUCUGAUACGGCAUCUAGCCCGGUCAACUUUCGUGUGAAGCUGCCCGACUACCUACGCCAGGCUCGUGUGCACGAUGUCUACCACGUCUCGUUACUGCGUCCUUACCGCAGACCGUCUGAGCGUUUCGCUGGACGACCAUACGAGCGCCCUCCACCCAUCAUGGUGGAUGGCCACGAGGAGUUCCUCGUUUCAGACAUCAUUUGUCGCCGAGUCACCGACGACAACCCUCCCCACUUCGAGUAUCUCGUACGUUGGAAGGGUUACCCUGAUGAGGAGGCUACCUGGGAGCCCAUCGAGCACUUGCAGCACACUCGCAUGUUGGUGCGUGCCUAUGACCGUGCUCGUCGUGCUGGGUUGACUGCUCCUUCUCAGCCCACUGACCCUCCUCCUUCUCCCCCGACUGAGGAGACCGCUGAAGUCGAGCCUGCUCCAUCUGAGGCAGACCUUCAGCAGCAGCCAGAUGCUUCUGAGCUUUCACAGCGCACUCGUCGUCGUCCUGCUCGAUACGACGAUUGACUCUGACUUACCUUCCCACGUCUUUUUGACUUCUCAGUACUCCACCCACUCCAGUUUUGCUACUUCAGCUCGUCGACGCUGCGACUCUUCCUCGA